ACCCGCUGCAUCGCAUCAUGGCUGCCAGUGUCCAUCAUUCGACCAGCAUGGCUCGACUGGACAUUGACGACCACAACCCUGACAUCUUCACCAUCAUCUGCUUCAACGACAGCUUCCAGCUCGCCCUCGACCUGACCACCAUCGCAACCCUCCUCCGAGUGUGCAAACAAGCCCGGCCUCUCCUGAGCUCCAAGGUGCCUCGCUUCCACACCUGGUGUCAGAAUGCAGGCUUGUGCAAUCCAGACGGACAGCUGCGGUUCGCACUCACACCGAGCGACCAGAUUGCCCUCUCGCUGCACUGCGAGGAUCAAGCCACAGCAGACCGAUCCUGGCUGGAAGAUCGGGCAGAGCAGGGCAAUGCAUCGGCCUCGUACUUCCUGGCACGGAUCCUCCAAGUUGACCAAGAAUCAGAAAACGACGAUGAGCUUGAGGGGAGUGCCGAGCGCCAGCAUAUCUUCCGCCUUCUGGAGAAGGCAGCCAACACAAGCCAUCCAAUGGCACAGUUCCACCUGGCUGGCUGCUAUCGCAACGGACUCGGGGUCGACCCAGAUCACACCAAAGCCAUCCAAUUGUAUCGCAGUCUUGCGGACCGUGGAGUGGCACAGGCCCAAGUUGCCCUCGGUGGAUGCUUUGAGAAUGGCAAGGGUGUCGACCAAGACUACGACACAGCCAUCGAGUGGUAUUCCAAGGCCGCCGACCAGGGCAGCGAAGACGGUCGACUCCACAUCUUACAUCUCGAGGCUGUGUGUGUGUUCCAUGGAUUCGGAACCACUCGGGACCUGGAGAAGGCGGCUGGCACCUUUGAACAACUCGCCGACGAGGGCCACAGCGACAGCCAGUUCUGGAUCGGAGAUUGCUACUGCUAUGGCGGGGGAGUAUCGACAGACUACACGAAGGCAUUCGAGUGGUUUCGCAAGUCGGCUGACCAAGGCAACUCUUACGGUCAAUGUGGGAUUGGAACGUGCUUCUUCUGGGGAUACGGAGUCGCCAAGGACCAACCCAAGGCAAUCGAGUGGUUUCGCAAGUCGGCCGGGCAGGACAAUCGAUACGGACAAGAUUGGCUCGGUGAAUGCUACUGGCUAGGCCGAGGUGUCCCCAAGAACGUCGGCACCGCCGUUUUCUGGUAUCGCAAGGCUGCAGAACAGGGUUUCCAAGAUUCCAUCGACAGCCUCAAGUAUCUCGGUCGAGAGCUGUGA